GUACAUCAAGGCUUCGUCCAUAUACGCCCAAGUAUUGUGGAGGAUGAUGUCGAAGUACUGAGUAUCGCUGCCCAAAUUUCGAAAGAUCUGCGCCAAUUAUAGGAGACAUAGCCUCCGCUCAUGAACUAUGCAGUUGUUGGGCUUCCAGUGGCGCCGCACGGCUCGCCAAAUCUUGCCUUCACAACAACGAGGAUUUUGUGGCCGUUCUGCCCCAGCUACCACGCGAGUAAGAUUCGCCCACACAGAGCAACUUACAAAUUAACCCCUCUGGUAGAUUGCCGAGUUGAUCAACACCACUUACAACCUGGCGGGAGUACAUGUUUGCGGGUGACGGCUAGGACAUGCUAUAGGUCUGUUAUAGGUCAAUAUACGUUGGUUGCCGUUGAUGUGGGGAUCUAAGAAUGGGACGUCGAUGAACAGGCUCGGAUCAUUAGGCCACAAAUCCUGCGCAUAAAUCAAGUCGCAACAAAUGUCAGUCACGAGCCAGUUUGUUGGGGAGGUGCAGAAGUGCCAGAUCACUCUGAAUGCCAGGUAAGAUAGAGUAUGUCAUAGAGUAUGUCUCUAAUAGUCGUCGGGCGAUUCUCUGGAUGGAAUGGACAGGCCACCUGCAAAUCAAGAUUGCAGACCAAGCUUAUCUUGUCUGGUCGAUGAUAUCCAAUUGGUCCUUAGCUUGAGAUCACAAUGUUCGAGACUGACUAAUUCCUCUUGUCCUCAACGCCUGGAAGGGUAAUACAUGUGCCUCCUUGGGGGAUCUCAUUAGGACCCCACGGCUGCGAGGCUUUAAUUAUGAUG